AUGGUGCGCCACGUCACCAGGACGGCGCUCCAGCUCCUGUGCAUCGCCGCAGUGGUCACAGGCACCCUCGCCGCUGAGGCGAAAAAGCCCGGCACCAAGCAGGCUGACGGCGGCCCCUGCCGGAAGCUGCCCGGCUGCACCGCCUGCGAAGCCCCAGCACGCUCGUCCCAGGCAACCCCCGCGGGGCCUGUGGCUGGCGCCGUAUCCGGGCACCAGGGCCGCGGCCUGCUCGCCGACGGCGCGGCCAGUGCGGACCCUAUCGGCACCUUUGUUGCCACCCUGCUGGGCAUCAACAAGCCCCAGCCCGCCGCCACCACUACCGCUGCUGCCGCCAGCGCCGCAACUACAGCACCCCCUGCCCCGACAGCCCCGGCGCCGCUUGCUGCGACUGCCAAGGGCGACGGCCGCCACCGUGGUGAUGGGCCGCACUCGGGUGGCGGGCGCCGCGCGGGGCCGGGCGUGAAUGGCACCGGCAACGGCGCCAAGGGUGGCCGCGAUGGAGGCCACGGCAAGGGUGGCAAGGGUGGCGAUGGCGGCCGCGGCGGCGGCCGUGACGCGUGCACUCCUGGCUUUGGCCUCAUCGUCCCGUCCGGGCCCUACAAGGCGCUCCGCGCCCGCGGCCCGCGCAUCUGCCAGCGCUGCCCCGCCGGCCAUGUGUCGGGACCGGACGCGCCCAAGCCAGACUGGCUGCGCGGAGUGGUCGGCGGAAUGGCGCUCACUGCGAAGGAGCGGGCGCCUGGCGACAAGGGCGGCAAGGGCGGCAAGGGCGGCAAGUGGGGCCACAAGGGGCUGUUCCCGUGUGUGGCGUGCGGCACUGGCAAGGCGGCCAACAAGGAUCAGACCAAGUGCGAGUGA